AUGGUUCUCGCACGUCACGUCGACCCAGAAGAUGUCGUAUCACGCCUGCGUGACAUCCACCUGGCCGAGCCGGGACAUGAGGGCCUGCGCGGCCAAGGCGGCAGCCAACACCUAACCCCUUACAUGGGUACUCGAUAUGAAGCUCAGAUGAGCAUCCCGAAGUUCAAAAUUCCGGAUGAUGGUGCCCCGAGCGACACCGUGUACUAUAUGAUCAAAGACGACUUCGUGAAUACGUACGGCGAGGCCAAUGCGCAACAACUCAUGAUCGAGAAUUUCGCCAAGAACCUUGCAGACUCUGACGAGUAUCCCGCCAUGUUAGCCAUUCAUGACAGGUGCAUCAGCAUCCUUGCGCACUUGUGGGGAGUGCAGUCCGGCGAGAAGGCGGUUGGAUCCGCCACUACUGGGUCUUCCGAAGCCAUCCACUUAGGAGGCCUCGCUAUGAAGCGGCGCUGGCAAGAGAAGCGCCAGGCAGAGGGCAAAGAUACCCUCAAGCCCAACAUCAUCAUGGGAUCCAAUGCUCAGGUGGCCCUGGAGAAGUUUGCUCGCUACUUCGAUGUCGAGGCGCGGAUCCUGCCCGUCUCAGCGAAGAGCAAGUUCCGGUUGGACCCCGACCUGGUACGAGAAAAUAUUGACGAGAACACAAUCGGCAUCUUUGUCAUUCUCGGCAGUACUUAUACGGGCCACUAUGAGCCUGUAGAAGAAAUCUCGAAGAUUCUGGACGAGUAUCAAGAGAAGACGGGAAUCGAUAUCCCUAUUCAUGUCGACGCAGCCAGUGGCGGCUUCGUAGCCCCUUUUACCCACUGCCAAGCUGGUGGACCAAAAUGGAACUUUGAGCUGCCUCGAGUGAAGUCUAUCAAUGCUUCAGGCCAUAAAUAUGGCUUGGUGUACGCUGGUGUGGGCUGGAUCGUGUGGCGCGAUGAAUCGUUCCUUCCGCAGCAUCUCAUAUUCGAGCUUCAUUAUCUCGGUGGAACAGAGAAAUCCUUCACGCUGAACUUCUCUCGCCCCGGUGCACAAGUCAUCGUUCAGUACUAUAACCUCAUUCACCUUGGCUUCUCUGGCUAUCGCGAGAUCAUGGAGAACUGCCUCGCCAAUGCACGGCUGCUGUCCAAUGCCCUGGAAGAGACUGGCUGGUAUCACUGUGUAUCUGAUGUUCACAGGAAAGUUUCCAACCCAGCGAGGAUUGCCGAUACUGUCAAGGCAGCGGUAUCAUCCGCUCCGGAGACGUCAGCUCAUUACAUCGCCAGUCUGCCGGUCGUUUCCUUCCGAUUUUCCGACGAGUUCAAAAAAGAGUACCCCCACAUCAAGCAGGAAAACGUAUCUCUUCUUCUACGGGCGAGGCAAUGGAUAAUACCCAACUAUGCCUUACCGCCGAACGAGGACCAUACGGAGAUACUUCGUGUUGUCAUCCGCGAAAGCAUGAGCUUUGACCUCCUGGACCGCCUCAUCAGCGACAUUUGCCAGGUCACGCAGACGCUAAUGGAUAACGACGAGGUCGAUCUAUCAGUUCUGCACAAGAACAAGCGGAAAGUGCUGCUAAAGAGCGAGCAAGAAGCUAAGAAAGGGGAUGCUGAUAAGAAGAGAAGUGGUGAAAGGGGCAAAGAGAUCAUCGGCGGCGAGACUAAGAAAAUGGCCGAGGGUAUCCACCGAUCAGUUUGUUAA